UGGUCUGUGCUCAGCAGCAACAUUGGCUGCAGAGACACGACUUGAGGGGUCUGGAGAAGUUGUUGAGCCGUAUAAGUAGAGCAGCUGUCAGUCUGACCCACCGUGCACUCCACCGGGUGAGCUCAAACCUACAGCAGCGUGGCCGUGUUGUGUUUUGUGUGUGUGUUUAUGAGCAGGAGACCUUGGGUUAAAAGGCUUUUUGAAAACCCGUCCGCUGUCACUGAACUGUAAAGCAGGACCCGUUAUCUGAACGGCUAGCUUGUGUGCUAACAGCGUGUUUAUUGGCUAAAAAAAUGAACGGUCAGCUGAACGGUUUCCAUAACAACUCGCUCAUUGAUGAAGACUGCUUCCUCUUCACGUCUGAAUCAGUCGGAGAAGGGCAUCCCGAUAAGAUUUGUGACCAGAUCAGUGAUGCCGUGUUGGAUGCACACCUCAGACAAGACCCUGAUGCCAAAGUAGCAUGUGAGACUGUAGCUAAGACGGGGAUGAUCCUUCUGGCGGGGGAGAUCACCUCCAGGGCCAAUGUUGACUACCAGAAGAUUGUCAGGGAGGCAGUCAAGCAUAUUGGCUACGACGACUCCUCCAAAGGCUUUGACUAUAAGACCUGCAAUGUGCUGGUGGCUUUGGAGCAGCAGUCGCCUGACAUCGCUCAGGGUGUUCACCUGGAUCGCAGAGAAGAGGAUGUGGGAGCCGGUGACCAGGGUCUGAUGUUUGGUUAUGCCACUGAUGAAACAGAGGAAUGUAUGCCUCUCACUAUCAUCCUGGCCCAUAAGCUGAAUGCCAAAAUGGCUGAACUACGCCGAAAUGGAACGCUGCCAUGGCUCCGACCAGAUUCCAAAACUCAGGUGACUGUUCAGUACAGACAGGAUCGAGGCGCCAUGGUGCCCUUGCGUGUCCACACCGUUGUGGUCUCCGUGCAGCACGAUGAAGGUGUAUGUUUGGAUGAGAUGCGUCAUUGUCUGAAGGAGCAGGUGGUGAAAGCUGUGGUUCCCAGUGGGUACCUUGAUGAUGACACCAUCUAUCACCUGCAGCCCAGUGGCCGCUUUGUCAUUGGGGGACCGCAAGGUGAUGCUGGUCUGACUGGGCGUAAGAUCAUUGUCGAUACUUACGGAGGCUGGGGGGCCCACGGAGGGGGAGCUUUUUCUGGAAAGGACUACACAAAGGUAGACCGCUCUGCUGCCUACGCUGCCCGCUGGGUGGCGAAAUCUCUGGUGAAAGCUGGGCUCUGCAGGCGUGUGUUGGUCCAGGUGGCCUAUGCUAUUGGAGUUGCCCACCCGCUCUCUGUCUCCAUCUUCCACUAUGGCACCUCCCAGAAGAACGAGAAGGAGCUGCUGGACAUUGUGAGGAAGAACUUUGAUCUCCGUCCAGGAGUUAUCGUGAAGGAGCUUGACCUGAAGAAGCCCAUCUACCAGCGCACAGCAGCUUAUGGUCACUUUGGUCGUGAUGUCUUUUCAUGGGAGGUGCCCAAGAACCUCAAAUACUGAACCCCUCCUUUAUUCUCCCAGUGGGCCUUAGGUGUACUACAGAGAAACCUAUGUGUUUGUCUGCCUCCCUCCUCCGUCCUCCUUCUCUUUCUCUCCCUCUUCAUAAACAGCCACAUCACCACAGCCUCUACUAAAUGGAAAGAUGCCCUUUUCCCUUCAGUACUCAGUAUUUUCCACAUCCUUGAAGAGAAAACAACAGUUUCAGAUGCCAAGGCAAAAAUGGAACAGACAUGUUAUUUAGACAUACAGUUAUGAGAGAAAUUGUGCUUACGGUUUAGAGCAGUGCUGCCACCUCAUAUUUGUCUGUAUCCUAGUGGCUUGUCUCAUUUUUGCAUAAUUAAUGGUCGUCUGGUUUCUGUUAGAGAGUGGACUAACUGUUAGAUAGCAGAUGUCCAACAGGACCAUGCUAGUAUUUACCAGUAAUGAUGGUGUUUUGCCAGUAUUCUCCAUUUUAAAUCAAUCUCUAUAGAGUUGUAGUAAUGACAAGCGGCUGGCAUCUUCUGUUGCUUUCUCUUUAAUGGCUUUAUGUCAUUUCCCACCACCUAACUUCGUUGGGCUAAUAAUGGUUUCCCAUCACAAAAACAUCAACUCUGUUCUCUUCACAGCCCUCCCCCUUCCCCUUCCAUUUUUUGCAAAUUUGAUGGCACAAAUAAGGUUGAAGAUUGCUUUACAUUUCUGUUCAGAAGAAAUGCCAGUUGUCUGAUUUGAGCAUACACUUUGUCGAGCGAGAUAAAAUCUGCUAAUUUCCUUCUCUGUGCUGUCCCUUCAGGCCAUUUUUUUUUCUGACGUUUUACAGAGAAGUCAGAAGCUGCUAAUGACCUUGUGGUUAUGUUGGGCUGCACAAUGAAAUCACUCCAUUUUUGUAAUUUAUUUUGUUGGUUUAAAUGUCAUGUGAAUGUUCCAAAUGAUGUUAAAUGUGUCAAUGUUCUGCUGACCAAGAUAAAGGUACAGCGCUCAGCCUUCUUGAGACUGAAUCUGGGUGUAGCUACAGAGAAACCCGGACUCAGUGGCCUUUUGGGCAUGGGCUACCUUUAUCCCAUGGCGACACUGUACUUGAAAUAAUUUAUAGAAUGGUGUUUGACUAUUGUGGGACCUAACAGUUUGACCAGCAAGGAAGGACAACUGAAAAAAUGUGUGACAAGUUUUUGUAUCUAAAAACGGUUUUCCACCUACUGUAGUCGUACAUGUUUAGGGUCCUAACACCUUCUGCCUCACCUUGCACCCCCAAGUGGAAAAUGAACGAGCAGAGCCACAGACAGACCAAGACAAAGACAUAAGAGGCAGCGCUCAGUCAGCAUAGUGAAUGUAAGACAUGGUAUAGUAGUCAGUUUUGUACAGAUGACGAUGCGGGAUCAGAUAUGUAAUGUAACGCUUGUAGAUUUUGAAUUUGCCACUGGAAUCGCACAUUUUCUCUUGGGCUGUACAGCGGUUCCUGAAUGAACGCUGCAGCUGAAGCCUUUCUUUUAAUUUAUUUAUUUAUUUGUUUUUAAAAACCUGUUCAUUCGUUACACCAGGACUGGUCUACUAAACCAUGGGUGAUAGAUGGCACAAGUCUAAAUUUUUCUGAUUAGUUCAGUUGACACAACCGGAGUAUGUCAAGGUUCUUGACUCCUCUCUUUGUCCUUUUUUUAAAGAUAUUUUUGCAGAGUUUACUUUCAGGAAAUACAUAUGAAGAGUGGAAUGAGGCCUUGGCCAGAUUUGAACCUAAGAAGUUGUGGAUACACAGUAUAUAUGCCUUUUGAAUGCUUCCCAAGUUGUCCUUCACUUUGACUUUACUCCUGGAUGUGUAUCUGCAUAAUAUAAUUGCAGAUUUUAAGCUAAACUGGCUUCAAGCCUGAGUGAGAUUGUUAUUCACUUUUAAAUUCACCACAGCUGGUCUCUGAUCUGAGCUAUGUGCAGUUAAGUGUGUCUGCAAUGUUUUCAGCAUGAAGCUAGGUGGCACUGUGUCCCAAUAUAUACAUCUAUAACACUGAUACUAGACUCCCCCCCCCCCACCCCACCCCCACUACUUUGGUAACACUGAUAUCUCAUUUUUAUAGUUUGGCUCUUUUGGCAUCACCUUGUGGUUCCUUGAGUGUACUACAGAGAAACUUCAGGGGAGCCACAGAGUUGAGAGCUGAGAGUAUGUUUGAUCCUAAUCAUGGUGUCAGUGAUCAUCACGUGAAAUGACUCGACCUCCCAAAGAUUUUUUUUUUUUUUUUUUUUUUACAAUAUGUUUGCAUCUUCUAUCACAUCCGCAGACGGGACAGAUGAUUGGUUGGUGUUGUACAGAGAAACCAGCCUGUUUACAUGGUCUCUUGUGGAGGUUUUGAGGAGACACGUUUUCUCUGUUAAAUUAUUAUUUUUUAAACGAUUAGAAGUGAGUUGUCAGUGUGGUUGCUGAAUGUGUAAAAGUGCCUUUUUCUCAUUUUCUGCAAUACCCCCAACUAUAUCUGACUUCAUACCUACUGAUCCCCCUGCCCCACUUUCUUCCUAUACCCUGUUCAAUAGUUCAUACUGAGGAGUCUGAUUGGUUGUUGAGCUUCUCUUUUAAACCCUUCAAAUAAAUUGCACUCUUGCUUCA